UACAAUAUAGUUAUAAUAAUAUUAAUAAGCAUUGGGGGAAAAUCAAUAAUGGACAGUAAACAGUAAUGCAAAGUUGUGAGUCACCAUCUUCAAUACCAUGUGAAACCAAACCAGAGUUCCACUUCACCAGCAACCUCUCGGAAAUCCCACCUCCCUUUUUUUCCAUACCUUUUCUUCAUUUUCAAACCAAAUGUCUACAUAACAUUAAUACGUGACCAAAACCAUACCUCAAUCCUCUUCAACUUCACAGAAAAAACAGAGCAUCCUCUGUUUCACAAAGGCCAGCCUUAACUCUCCAACAUGUCCCAAAAGCUCACACUUUUCUUGUUUCUCAUUUUCCUUGCAAACCAAAACCAUGUUCUUACACAGCUUGAUGAUCUGUACUUCCAAGGAUUCAAUCAUGUUAGAAACAACAUGAGCCUAAAUGGUGCUGCUGAGAUUGAAAAGAAUGGCUUAUUGAGUUUAACAAACAAUAGUAAAAGCAUACUAGGCCAUGCAUUUUACUCGCAUCAAAUCAAGUUCAAGAACUCUACCAGUGGAAAAGCAUUCUCCUUCUCAACCGCCUUUGUUUUUGCUGUUGUCCCUAAGUAUCCAAAUCUAGGUGGUCAUGGCCUUGCUUUCACCCUCUCUACUUCAAACGAGCUGCCUGGUGCUUUUCCGAGGAAGUAUCUGGGUCUCCUCAAUACAACCGUCGCUGGUAGCUUCUCCUAUCACAUUUUUUCAGUUGAAUUUGACACACAUAAAGAUUAUGAUUUUUUUGAUAUAAAUGAUAAUCAUGUUGGUGUUAAUAUCAAUAGCAUGAUAUCAAACAAAUCGGUUCCUGCAGCAUAUUUUCUUCUUAAUUCAGAAAAGGAAGAAUUGGAUCUCACUAGUGGUAAUCCCAUUCAAGCAUGGGUUGAUUAUGAUUCAGUCAAGAAUCAAUUAGAGGUUAGGCUUUCACCUUCUUCCACAAAACCGAUUUAUCCUAUCUUGUCUAUUGAUAUAGACCUCUCUAGUAUUCUCAAUGAUUCUAUGUAUGUCGGUUUCUCUUCGUCAACUGGUAUGCUCACAAGCACACAUUAUGUUCUUGGAUGGAGUUUCAGUGUAAAUGGAGAGGCUAAAUCUUUCUCUAUGUCUUCUCUUCCUUCUCUUCCUGAGACUAAAGAUCUCUUGGUACUUGUUGUCUGCGUCUCAGUUGGGUCUACUUUUGUCAUAAUCUUGGGGAUUGCUGUAUCCUUUUAUCUUGUUAGAAAGAUUAAAGAUGCAGAUAUGAUCGAGGGAUGGGAGCUACAAGUUGGUCCUCGCAGAUUCUCUUAUCAAGAACUCAGGGAAGCAACAAGGGGUUUUAGAGAAAAGGAGCUGCUUGGCUUUGGUGGAUUUGGUAAAGUUUACAAAGGAACCCUGCCAAAUUGUGGCACUCCAAUAGCAGUGAAGAGAUUUUGUCACGAAUCUAAACAAGGUUUGAGGGAAUUUUCGACUGAGAUUGCUAGUAUUGGCCGUCUCCGCCACAAAAAUUUAGUUCGUUUACUAGGGUGGUCUCGCCUACGAGGUGAACUGCUGCUUGUCUAUGAUUUCAUGCCUAAUGGGAGCUUAGACAAGUACAUAUUUGAGGAGCCUAAAACCAUUCUCAAAUGGGAACAAAGGUUCAAGAUUGUCAAGGAUGUUGCUUCGGGCCUUCUGUAUUUGCAUGAAGAAUGGGAGCAGACUGUGAUUCACAGAGACAUAAAGGCAGGGAAUGUGUUGCUAGAUUCCGAACUAAAUGGAAGACUUGGCGACUUUGGUCUUGCCAAGUUAUAUGAGCGAGGCUCAAAUCCCAUCACCACCAAGGUGGUCGGCACAUUGGGUUACUUGGCACCCGAGCUGACAAAAACAGGAAAGCCUACAACAAGUUCAGAUGUGUUUGCCUUUGGUGCACUUUUGCUUGAAGUGAUUUGUGGAAGGAGACCUAUUGAGCCUAAAGCACUGCCUGAAGAGCUCAUUUUGGUAGACUGGGUAUGGGAUAAGUGGAAAAGUGGUGCAAUUCUUGAUGUAGUGGACCCGAGAUUAAAUGGCGAGUUUGACGAGACUGAGGCUGUUCUUCUGCUUAAAUUGGGGCUCAUGUGUUCUAACUAUGUCCCGAGAGCAAGGCCUUUAAUGAGAAAGAUUGUGAGGUAUUUGGAGGGAGAAGUGGCAUUGCCUGAGUUGGUUGCUGCCCCAGAUGUCUAUGAUGGGGAAAAUGCUGAUGCAAAUACUGAUAGUGGUGAUGAGUGUAAGGAUCAUAUGUAUUUUUAUCCACAAUCAACAUAAUUGGAGAAGGUCAGCACAUGAUCUUCUGGUGGAAUUACGCGGAUACUCGCUUGCAUUGAGCUGGGUUGGUUUUAGCUCCUCCAUUUUCUGAUGGAAAUGAAAGCAGGUAGGUAGCCAUGGUAAAGAGAACUAAAUUAGCCCUUUUUUCUGUUUAACUUUUUGUUUGGCAGUGUAGGGUUUUUCUAUGCGAGAGAUUUAAUUUUCUUUUUUAUUGACAAGGAUCCCCAAAUGCAGGUUGUAAAUUUAUAAAGCACAGGCAUAUAGAUAUUCCCAUUGCGAUUUGAUUUCAUAAGAGAAUAUUUUUCCGCUUC